AUGGCCUCUUUCGACCUAGUCCCUGUUCGGAUAUCCAAGAUCGCUGGAAGAUAUCUCAUCUUCGAUUCUGAAGCGGCUACGUUCCUGCGUCGGAAUGAGAAUAUCAACGGUACUCUAGUCGGAACGGCGCCUCAGCAACCGACCCAGAACAUCUUUCUCGGCCUUCCGAUUGAACUCCGGCCUGAGGAGGCUGAAGCGUUAUUGCAUAAGAAUGUGGCUUAUCUUGUAGACGACGUAGCUGCCCACUACCAUGUUCUCCAGAAUCACAACGCCGAGGCGAGGAGGUUAUACCUCGACUCACUUAGAACAAGAAAGCAGACAGCACAACAGGUUAUUGCUGAGAAGAAUGCCAAGAGGGUUUCUGAAGGAGCAUUGAAGCGAGGGAAAUCCCGCCGUGUGCCUUCUAGCAUUCCCGACGACAGCAUCACCACUAGUGAAACUAAACCCGCCGUACAUCAGCAGGAAUCGGCCAUUAAGCCCCUGGGCGUCACCCCAACGUCCAGUGGGUCGCUGAUUUCUUCAGAAGCUGAACGGACAUACCAGGCCACUGACCCCACUCAAGGCCCUUUGUGCGGCUUUCUGCUUACUUCUGGUCACUACACAACUCCAGGCCUUCGCUUUGGUGCCAAGUAUAGUGUUUACCCAGGCGACCCCUUGAGGUUUCACGCCCAUUUCAUGGCAAACCAGUAUGAAUGGGAAGAAGAUAUUCCCAUAUUGGACAUCGUAGCAGGAGGUCGCCUCGCAACAGCUGUGAAGAAGGCGUAUCUAAUAGGGGCAGAGCAGCCCCUAGCGAAUGUAUCACGGGAUGACCAACUGAUGAGAACCUUUAGUAUCGAAUGGGCUGCAAUGUAA